UGCCGGUGUGACGGCGCCGCGCCCGGCGGGGCCGCGCCUGUUACAUAAGGGAGGCGGGCUGCCGGUACCGGCUCCGACCCCGCCGGACCUGCUGUUGACGGCCGGGCCCGGCCCGGCUCCUCGGGCCCGGGAUGAGGUCGCCGGCCGGGAAGGAGGGCGGCCGGCGGCGCCGGCGGCGGGGAUGCGCGGGGGCCUUGGCGGACAACAACGCGGACUGGAUGGGCUCGCUGCCGGCGGCGCUGCGCUCCUACCCGCUCUCCAACCUGGCCAUCCCCGGGUCACAUGAUUCUUUCAGCUACUGGGUUGAUGAGAAAUCUCCUGUGGGACCCGACCAAGCCACAGCUAUCAAACGUCUGGCCAGAAUUUCUUUGGUUAAGAAGAUCAUGAAGAAAUGGUCAGUGACUCAAAAUCUGACUUUCAAAGAGCAGCUGGAAAGUGGGAUCCGCUACUUUGAUCUUCGUGUAUCUUCCAAACCUGGGGAAAUAGGACAAGAGAUUUAUUUCAUACAUGGCUUGUUUGGCAUCAAAGUAUGGGAUGGGCUGAAGGAAAUUAACACCUUUCUUGAGCAGCACCCCAAGGAAGUAAUCUUCUUAGAUUUCAAUCACUUCUACGCCAUGGAUGACAGCCAUCACUUCUUCUUGAUCAACAGGAUCCGCUCAGCGUUUGGAUCCAAACUUUGUUCUGUUGAAUGUGUAGAAUACGUGACUUUACAAUACAUGUGGGAGAAGAAACACCAGGUUCUUAUAUUCUACCACUACCGUCUGUGUCAGGAAUACCCCUUCCUGUGGCCAGGGAAUAAAAUGCCAGCACCAUGGGCUAAUACAACCAAUGUGCGCAAACUGUUACAGUUCCUGGAGACCACUCUUGAGGAACGAAGUCGUUAUGGGACUUUUCAUGUUUCUCAAGCAAUUCUCACACCUCGAGUGAGAACUAUUGCACGGAACCUAAUUCGUGGUCUGAAGAACACACUUGUUCACAGGAACCUGCCCAUGAUUUUGAAUUGGGUGAAAGCACAGAAGCCAGGUGUUAAGGGUGUUAACAUAAUUACAUCAGACUUUGUGGAGCUGGUUGACUUUGCUGCUACAGUUAUUGCAUUAAACGACCUCCUUUUAGAAGAGGAUGAAUCUGCAACUAAAUCCUGAUUGCUCCGUCCCACUUGUGCUCCUCAGUGGACAUCUUCAAACUACGCUAAUUUUUAUCUAUUAAAUGACACCUGUUGCAAUAUCUAUUUAUUUAAAAGAAGUUUUCUAGAGGAAACAUGGAUAAGCGUCACAUACAGCAGGCUCCCUUCUCCCAGCAACGUGUGGGUCUGAGCGGAACAGAAAUUACUGAGUGCUGCUGCAUGUGUGUCUGUGGCUACGUGUUUGACUAAGUUGUGCACACGUCUGCUGCGGUAUCUGUCUGACAACAAGAGGCUGGCCUCUGGGGCAGAUGUAACUGAUGUUGUGUGUAUCCUGGGUGACUGGACUCAGCAUGCUCUGGUGUGUGCAUCCUCCUUAUUUCUCCAGAGCAGGGCUCAACCAAGGAUUGCCGCUGAUCCUUUAGCAGUGGUGUGACCAGCCUGGCCGACACAGUAUUGUUCUUGGGCCACUUCAGGCAUAGCUGGGCUCAGCUGGAGUUGCUGCUGUAUUUGUUAUGCUGGUUUAGACACUACCUCUGACUUGAAGAAACAGUAUUGCCAUUGUUCAGGGAGAAGCUGUUGUACUGUGUUGAAUAUCCAGACUGUCCUUUGGGCCUGAGAGGCAAAGGCUUGGCAUGCUCUGCCUCUUCAGACUCUAAAUUCUUCAUCUGGACCUCUUUAUUUUACUUUAAUACUUUAAUGUAUUUAUUGCAACUAUGUUGAAGUGUGUUUCUUUUGGCAUUAAUGUGAAGAAUAUUUCAGUUUUCACAUUGUGAGGAUUAUAACUCGCAAGUCUGAAUUCCUGUUGAGACAUUUAAGAAACCACAGCUCAGUCUUUCUUGUUUGCUUGCUGGUUGUUUGAUUAUUCUUUUGUUUUUUCCAUCCAUCGAGUUUUCUUUGGGGGAAGUCUCUCACCCAGACAGCCUUCCUCUAGAAGGAGGUGGGCUAAGUGGGAGUUUGCUUAGUAUGUGGAGAAUUGGUGCUGACAGGGACUGCUCAAAACCCCAAAUACUAAUCUCUGCAACUUGCAAUGUGACCGUGAAUUCUGAAAUCAGACCCAAAAGUUGUGCUUAUAGUCAGAGAGCUACAGCUAUGGCGGAGAAAUCUCCCCAGCCUGCAGCCACUUGUGGCAAAGUGAUAGUUACACAAGCACAGGCAGGCAUCAGUGCUGCUUCUUUCUGUAGUCAUAAUCAUUUUAUGAUGAGUCACAACAAAACAUGACCAUGUGUGCUUGAGCCAAUGCAGUCAUGUGUUGUACUUAUCAGCACUUAAUUGACUAGCUAAUAGCAGUCCUACAGUCUGAUUUAUCUUUGGUUAAAAAAAACCCGACAUACAAAUGACUGAUUGGCAAAUACUUCUCUGCUCAGUCAUCUUCCUAAAGUAAUUGUUGGUGCACUAAUUAUUGAGUGAUUAUGAAUUAGUAUUAAUUUGUAAUGGGAUGGAUUGUCUUUAUAGAUAUUUUCUAAAAAAAGAAGAGUGGAUCUCCAGACUUAUUAUUUAUUGUUAUUGUAUCCUGUAUCUGCCAUCGUGGUCUGACAGCCCAGAAAAAUCCAAUACCUCUCUGCUUGUCACAAACCCUGAUCUCAGGACAAGAUUAUCUAAAAGUUCUCAAACCUUCCAUGUGAACCUUGGCCAAGCCUGAGCAGAUUGUAAUCUGAUUUAUCUGUUUGUUGCAUGGUUCUCAUUAGAGUUCCUUGAAUUUUUUAAACUGAAUCCUUUUACUAAAGGACUUGGGAGGGAGUGUCUGUCUCUCAAGCUGUCUUUCUCCUUUCCUCUUGUGUUUCAGUGACAGAGGGCAAGUAAUGAAAAUGAGGUUUUGGGAACUAAAGCUCAAACUUCCAGUUUAAAACUUCCUUUGAAAACCCCAGCAGAAGGUUUGGGUUUGUUGUUUUUUCUCAUGGAUGAAAGUGCUGGAACCUGUUUUGAACGGCACUAUUUUGUUUGCAAAGUUAUUUAAAAUACCUGGAUUUUCCUUAGGUGAAUUUUGUGUUAACCUACUUUUCUCAUGGUCCCAACUGAAACUCCAUGAUGGUGUUAAAUAUAGGGGUUUGGUUUCAGUGGUCUUUUAGCUGCAAAUUGUCUUAGUGCUCAGAACUUGGAAGAACGUGGCUUGAAUGCUGAUGAGGCAGAAAUAAUACAUUUGCAAGGUUUCCUGCAGAACUGAAGGUCAAGGCAAGAAGGUGAAGUGUGAUGUUUGCAUUCAACAUUUAAUGUAUUUUAUACUGUAUAUAUCUACCUCAAAAGAGAUUUAUCAGGCUUAACCAAUAUUUAUAUUGUGCGUGCAAUGGUAAUGACUUUGGUGUUAGAUCUUCUGUUGUAUUUACUUGAAUAGAGAUGUGAUGAUUGUAACUCAGGGCUUUGGUUAGGUAUUUUUAAGUGCAAACUCAGAAGUUUCUUUAACAUGUUUGCUGUUAGCUCUUGCCCCUUGAAAUAGGACAAAGGCAUGCUAGGUGUUAAAGAGUGUUAACAGAGGGAGAAGAAAUGGAAAAUAGCUUUAGUAUUAAUUGAGGGGAAAAAAACCCCAAACCUAACACACUCCUGUAAGUUUGUCCUGUCUGAAGAAGCUUGUGUGUCAUUUCAGAGCAGUGCAUGGUGUUAGGUCUGUGAGCAACUUGACAGCUUCAGUAGUGAGUUGAGCAAUUGGCAAAUACAAUUAACAUCCACAGGCUAUAUCCUGUUGCAACUCUGGGCAACCUUAAUGCUUAUGUUUAAAAUUGGUUUUGGGGUAGUCCUAAACCAUCCUAAGCAACAUGAACUACCUUUCUUCUAUUAUGCAUUAUAGCCCAUAACAAAGCUACCUGUAUAAUAAGCUUCUCUCUGACACAGGGAAUCUGGAUAUGUUGGGGUGCUCACACUUGGCAAAACGGAGCUCGUCUGGACUUGGACUUUGGGCUGUGGACUCUGUUUUCUAGCAUUAUAAAAAUAAAAGGUGAGCUGGGCAGGAAGGGAGGAUCAAGGAAGUAGGGCAGUAGUUUGCAUCCAGUGCCCACAUUGAAGGUGUGGCAGUGUUUAGCUAGGUUUUGGGCAGCAGAGUGGAGCAGGUCUGGCAGGUGAGUGGAAGUGGCUGCAGUUUGCACUGAGAUACUGCCUGGAAGUCUGGCCUUGGAGCAGGCUGUAGCUGAGUAGAGUAUGGAGCAACUAACAACCUGCAACGUCGCGCACGUGUGAGCUUGAGGAAAAUAAAGAUUGGCAUGAAUGCAGGAGAAGGCUGGGGGUUCCUUGUUGUUGAUGUAGACUUGCAUCUGUUGAAUACAGUGUUUUAGUCUUGCUUGUAUAUUCCUAAAGCAGUACAGUUCACUUUUAACCACUCUAGGUGCAAAAAUUCCCCAGAAGAAUUGUUCUGAGGACUUGACCAUCCCGUAGGUGCUGGAAGAGGAAAAAACCAGGAAACUAGUAGCUGCUUGAGACUAAGUACUUACUUGAAUUGCAUGUUCUUGAAUAAUUACUUGUAUGGUUUGUUAUUACAGGUUCAGGUUCUUUAUACAUUGUUUUAUGACUGUUGUUUCUUUGUAAUGUGCAAUCACUGAAUAUGGAUUUAUAUUCAGCAUACACUGGUGGUAUGCCUGUUCUGGUACUGAUUUCUGACAUGUGCAAUUCAAGGGCAUACUUGAGGUGCAGUAGACCUCUGUAUAUAUCGCUUAUGGGAAGCAGUACAGAGAAGGUUGUUAGGAAGCAUAUAGGAGUUUUUAGUAUCUUACUGUGUGCUUGUAAACACAAGCACUUUGUGAAAGUUUGAUACUUUGUGAAAACAAAGAGGAAUUGUUACUAGAUUUUUGUAGACUCUCAAUCUCUCAGCUCCUUAUUUGGGAACUACUGUCCUAACAGAUCUAACAAGUGUGGAGCUUGGAGUUGUAAUAUUUUGGGUUUUGAGAACAAAAGACUGUUCCUGCUGUUCAGUUCUAGCUCAAGAACUGAAGGGAAGCCAACUUGUGUGUGCUUUGCUGUAAGAGGGAGGAUCCCACUGGAGACAAGACAAGUGCUGGCAAGGUAAGUUUCCAGGUCGGUGAGAGGUGUUGGGCUUGGAGUCUUCAGAGCAGGAAUGCUGACUGCAAAAAGACUCUUUGGAGAGGAAAGGAAUAAUGAGAAAAUGGUGUCUUUGCUCCUAACACAUGCUGUUUUCUGCUGUGUUGGUACUGAGUUAAUACAUUGGAGUUUGGAAAGCACCUGUGCUGUAAAGCUGAAGAAGCGCUUUUGAGCAGGGAUUUUGACUCAAACAGAUGUAGGGCAUCUGCCAAGAUGCUUAUCCGUUGUUCUCAUCUGGCUUAGCCUUUGGAAGUAUUUUCUUUGUGUACCUGUCCCAGGUAUUGGAGUUCAUUGCUGUUUCACCUAGCAGGGUUUAGCACUUCUGUAGAUAGAGGAUUGUGGCCAUUUUGAUUUAAAGUUGGGUUACCCUUAGAAGUCUGACAGAGCAUGUGUGACUUGAGGCUUACUUGAAUAUGUAAUAUUAAAUACAAAGUCCUCAUGCAGUUUUACUAAAACUUUCAUCUAGAGUUCAGCAUGUUGUUACCAAUCCCUAAUACACAAAUUCUUUGGUCAGAAGACCACUGUUUGGGGCAAAACUUCAGGUAGGUUUUCAGUGGUUGCUUAAGUACAGGGAAAUUGUCUAAUGCGAGGAGCAGAACUGACCCAAAACUUCAUUCAAAAAUCAAAUCAGUCAAGAUUUAGUCCUUUCAAGCAGUGAAAAUGAGACUUUUUUUUUUUCUUUUGUCUGACAAAUUCUUAUUCCAGGGUUGGUUUUUGACUCAACAGAUGGGUAGAACAGCCAGAACAUAUGCUGAAAAGCAAAUAAAUUUAAUGCUGAGGACAUGUAUGCUAGGCUGACUGUGGUGAGAGUAGAAUGAUUUACUUAGUCACACCUUUCAAUGAAAAACCCAUUAGCUGUUUGGUUUACGUUGUUAAAUCAGUAUUUAAUAAAAUCAAAAUCAGUCCUGUUAAUUCAGUAUGUCUGUCUUGUUAAAGUGUGUGUACUUCUGUAAGCAUAUUUAUUUCUCCACAAGUCUUAUCACGUAAACAAGCUUUAACUUUUAAUUGUAAGGUCUGGAAUGUCAGCUUUAAAAGUGUUUGCUUGAAUCUGAUUAUAUUUUAUAUUCCUGAAUAUGUAUUAUGUUCUCUUCACUGAAACCAUACUUCCCUUACUCUUUGUUAGAACUGUGAUAACUUCUUCUGUAUCUCACUUAAAUUGAACUGCAGCAUAUUCUUAAUUCUGAAAAAAGUAUUGAUCAGUACAUCCUAUAUAAAAAUAAUUGAUGGUUCUUUGACUUUUUUCAAUGUCCUGUAUUUUGCAGAUGGAUUUUAUUUUUUUUUACUUGUGUUAUUUAUACUGUGUAAGGAGGUAGAUGGAGCUAAGUGGAGGAGAGCUACCAAUUAUCAAUUUAUAUUUUGUGGUGUUUUUGUGCUUUACCCAUCUGUCCAAUUCAGUCAUGUGAAAUGAGGAUGCCUCAUCUGAACUGCAGACAAACUUGGGGUUGACAUGUGUUUCUUUCUGCUUUACUCUGCAUCUGUAUCAUUAGAGUUUUUAAUUCUGAAAAGUACAACUUGACUUAGUCAUCUUUACUGCAUGUUCUGUACUACUGACUGUUUUGAUACAUGAUGAUUACAUUGCGAGUCAAUUAA